AUGAGCACCCCGUCUCACCAGAGAUUGCAGCUACAGCGUGGCAAUGGUGUACCGGAGGGACUCUCGGGUGUUGCAACGAUAUGGUUACUAUCCACACUGGGGGCGUCGCGUAACGCGAAUACGGUGAGAGUAAAGAAGAAAGAUAUUCUCUCCGUAUCAAUACCUAAGACCUGCGAAGCUUUACUUCAGAGUAGUACCGAUUAUACCCUAAGGUCGGCCUCAAGUCUCUUGUAUGGAGUAGCAGUGUGCUAUGGCAGAAAGACCGACUAUGUGUUAGCAGAUGUCAAUAGUGUCAAAGCCCAAUUGCAAAGACAGUUAUUGGAAGGAACUCGAAAGCGUACAGCUCUAUUCUCGCGCAAUUUUUGUCCAACUACAAUUUUUGACGGUACUAAGGAAUACCGCAACCUGCUAGAAUUUCAAACAACGCACUCUUCAGUUCCGUUCGGUCGCCGCGAUCCGUUUUUGACUGACGAUCCAACCUUCGACAUAAACCAAAUUGGGGAUAUCUCCUUUCUCGACGCAGAGCGCCGUGGUUUGAAUCAAUCUGCUAGUCUUAUUCACCAACGUGAUAUGCUGGACGAGCUGCAGAAUGGAUAUAACCACGAGACCGGGCCAGGAUUGGGACGAGCCUUGGCCGAAAACAGACCAUACAACAGAGGCUCCUUAGAAACAGUAGAGCUAUCAGCUCUCGAUGCAAAUUUGCAUAUAGACUUCGAUGAUGUUCUCAGCGAAAUUGAAAUGGGAUCCGUUCAGUCUAGGAGCGGUGGGAACAAUGAGUUAUCAGACCAAGAAGAUUUUCAGCUGAAUUUUGAAGGUGGCAAACCGUUGGGCAUCCCAAAUAUUGAUAGUCUCCCUGAUCUAGGGAUUCAGUCUCUCAAAAAUGGUGACGACGAACACCACAGGCAAGGCAAAAGGCCAUUUUCUAGCUCUAAGAAUGCAGGUUUGCCGAAUGAAUCAGAUGGGCAAUCUAAGAAGCCUAAAACACAAUUGCCCCCAGACUGUCUUCUCAAAGUAAAGUUUGAUGACAAGAUAGGCAUGGCGAAUGAUGAUCUGAGAGAGAAUAGUGGGAGCUAUUGCGCCAUCAUGGAUUCCUAUACAUCGAACUUAAAUUGCAGUGCAAAAACCCGUCCAGACUCGAAUAAGUUGAUGGCGGUAAUAUUUGAUGACGACUCACCAACCUUCCUACGCCUUUGCUUCGAAACACUAUUGCUCGCUCAAGAGGACUCGUCGGCCCUCGCCAAUACAGCGUCCAGUUCACCUGCGAUUGAAAGAGGGCGUCGAAGGAGGCGUUCGAUAGCAUCGUCUAGAUCUAGCAGUAGCAUUAUGAGCACAGAGAGAGGUAGGCGGGUAGGACCAUCUGAUGAAAUCGAAAUCGGCGGGGACAAGAACGAUUCCAUUCUUCUCCCUGAGCUUCAUCAGAUUGACGAAAAUGUGGAAGUUGACGAUUUUUAUGACGAGCUUGAUGGGACUGGACAAGAUGUGAUGAGAAUUGAUUUGCAAUUGCCGCCGUCAAGUUUUGGGCGGAGCUCAAGCAGGACAGAUGCAGGCUCUAAGGAUCAAAUCGAGGAGCUACAGCGCCUGAAUGCGGACAGGCGAACAAGAAGACAAAAUCCAUUUGGAAGCGUACAGGAUAUGGGACAGAGUUCUUAUUCUUCUUUUUCAGUAGAAGGCGUUGCCCGAGAAGGCUUUCAUCAUCAAGUACUCGACAAUCAGAGCCGCAGAUUGUUCGAAUAUAUUCUAGAGAGGGUUUCAUUUAUCGGAAGCGUAGCCCGGUCACAUCCACCUUUUGGAAAGAAAUUGUUCCUCGAAGACCUGAUUCCAAGCAUGUUGACCAUGGAAGUAGUAACCGACUCCAAUGAAAGAUUGAGACCAGUCAGCCGCAAGUUGGCUGCCAAUGCUUUUCUUUGCAUCCUCCAACUUGCAUCUAAAUCUUAUGUUGACUUAGCAUCUUCUGGUGUGCCCACAGGCUUCGAGAGUUUGGAUGGGAAUAGCAUUGUCAUCUACGUGUAA